AUGGACAUGGAAGUGGAAGACGAUGCACAUGAAGACGUUGCCGUUAAACUGGCAAUGGAGUGGGAGAAGCAUCCAGGGUUGUAUGUGACAACUUGUAAUGAUUACAGGGAUGUUGACUACAAGGCUGCCGCUCUUAAGAGCAUCGGCAAGGAAAUCGGUUGCAGCGUGCCCACAGUAAAAACCAAAAUGAAAUCUUUACGCACGAUGCUCGCUCGAGCUGUAAAGUGCCCUCCAUCCGGGAGCGUCCGGAAAAAGCUGCCGAAGAAACAAGAAUGGGUGAAAGAAAACCUAAAGUUUUUGUUGCCCUAUAUGAACAUAGGCAAAACCACAACGAAUCUCAAGGCACAAGCAAACACCCCUAGUGAUUUUGAAGAAGGAUUGGAAAGAAAAGAAGAUUCAAACUAUGAUUCAGAUGGUCAUAUGGUUGAAGAGGAAAAGGUUGUGGAAGGCCGUGAAAAGUUGCCGGAUGACCCAGAGGUCCCUCCUAUGACAUCGGAAGGUCAGACGCCGCAGCUCAUCUCCUGCCGAACGGUCCACCACAGCCGACAAAGCUAA